CCAGAUAAUCUGAUCAAAGCCAUCCUGUCAGCAACCAAAGAUUAUCGCCUGACUCCAGCUCUUGACAGUCUCAGCUGUCGACGAUGUAUUAUUGUGGGAAAUGGUGGAGUACUUGCAAAUAAGUCGUUGGGGUUAAAAAUUGAUGACUAUGAUGUUGUUGUCAGGCUGAACUCGGCUCCAGUAAAGGGCUUUGAAAAAGAUGUGGGUGGCAAGACAACUCUCCGGAUCACAUAUCCUGAAGGUGCAAUCCAGAAAAUGGAGCAGUAUGAGAAGGAUUCACUGUUUGUUCUGGCGGGAUUCAAAUGGCAGGAUUUCAAGUGGCUGAAAUACAUUGUUUACAAGGAGAAAGUGAGUGCCUCUGAUGGCUUUUGGAAGUCAGUUGCAACCCGUGUCCCAAGGGAACCUCAUGAGAUACGUAUCCUGAAUCCCUACUUCAUCCAAGAGGCAGCUUUCAGCUUCAUUGGACUGCCUUUCAACAACGGCCUGAUGGGCAGAGGGAACAUCCCCACCUUGGGAAGUGUAGCAAUAACCAUGGCUCUCCACAACUGUGAUGAGGUGGCAGUAGCAGGAUUUGGCUAUGACAUGAGCUCACCAAAUGCACCACUGCACUACUAUGAGAACAUCAAGAUGUUGGCCAUCAAAGAGUCCUGGACACACAACAUCCAGCGGGAGAAGGAGUUCCUACGGAAGCUGGUGAAAGCCCGAGUCAUCACUGACCUAACCAGUGGGAUUUGAGUGGCUGCAGCCACUGCCUCAAAGAGAGGAGAGGAAGACACACGCUGCAGCUCUGGGAGCAGGCACGGGCAGCCCUCUGCAAGAAUCCCACCUCACUGGAGACAAGCAGGGAUGCCCAGGUGCUCCGGGACGGCCCUCUCGCAUUGCCAGGCUGCACAGGGGUUGCAUCUGCUGCCUCCUGUCCGAGAGCUGGCAGGAGGUGGGCAUGGGACUGAGCGGGCAAUUCCUGAACUCUGCGUAGCAGACGGCUCUUCUGUGUCUAGAAUUAAACGGGAAAGACUCAGGAGAGAGGAGAGAGGUUGGUGAACAAAACAAUUUGUGCCAAAUGGGAGGUGGUGCUGCCCUGAAGCAGCAAUGCCUGAAUGUACAAAGUAUUAUUUUUUAAAAGAAAAACUGCUGGAAUCAUACUAGAAAUACCAAGGUGCACAGCAAAGCCUGCUUGUGCACAGCCCUGCAAAAGGCUCGGCCUCUCCAUGCUCCAUCUGCGUUGUCACUGGUCUCAGAUUUUCCCCAGGAAAACAAAUCCGUCCAAAACUUCAGUGUUGUUGGUGCUGCUAUAUUUUAAAGGGAGAAUGGCUUUCCCUCAUUCUCCACUUGAAGUUUCUGAUUGGGGAUGAGUAUGGGUUUGUUUUUCUGCUCUUUUCCUUGCUUCCUGCAUAGAGGCAGCAACAGCAACCAUUUAUUUGGCAACUAUAGCUGUGGCUCUGCCCCGACCCCAGCGUGGAGCAGGGAGCUGGUGGCUUUCUCUGCCUGCAGCAGAUCCUCGCUGCCUUCCUGCCCGUCACAGCGCUGAGGAACCUGCCUCGUUGAGCUCAAGGCUUUCAGGCAUCUUGGGUUGUGCCUGCUGUGCAGGACCCUUGUGGAGCCCAUGCAGAUCAGUGUCACCAUUUCUGGACAGCAUCUCGCUUUAUUUUUAUGUGGGAGAGGAGUAAUUUAUGUUUUGGAAGGAGGUCAGAUCUUGCGUGGAGAUCUGAAACUUCACAGUGUUUAAGAGCAGGCGGCUGAAGAUGUUUGCUCCGCAUUCCCGACUCGAUUGCGUUUCCUCUUUAAGUGACUCGUGACCUCAGUGGUGAUAGAGCCUGCUGGCAGGGCUGGGGGGGCCUGCUGGGAACCUCUGCCUUCUGUUUGGCCCCUGCUCACUUCAUUUCCAAGCUCCUUCCGUGCUGCUCUGGCACUGCUCCUAUCCUGCUCUCAGGAGCACGUCCCUUCCUUUGCCGCCUUGGUCCCGAGAUGCAGUAUUUGCACAUUUGAUUUGUGUACGUAUUUCAGAGGAGCUGGAUUAAACUGAGCAACGCGCCCGAGUGCGAGGACAGUGAGGGGAUCUCACCCGCCUGGAGCGCGUGGGCAGAGCGGGAGCGCUGGGGCGGUGGGUGCAC